AUGGCGAACCAAACUCCCGCCGUUGUCAUGGACAACGGCACGGGUUUCUCCAAGCUAGGUUUUGCCGGCAACGAUUCCCCUUCAUUCGUCUUCCCUACCGCCAUCGCGACCAAGGCUGCCAGUGGAGGUGCCGGAGGAUCAGGAUCGGGCCGCCCGGGCGUUGCCAAUAAGCCUUCGUUCCUCACCGGAGGAGCUGGCCCCAGCGGCCACCUGAACUCGAAGCGCGGAACCGAGGACUUGGACUUUUACAUCGGUGACGAGGCCAUUAACGCCGCGGCUGGUCCUGGAUACGGCCUCCACUACCCCAUCCGCCAUGGUCAGAUUGAGAACUGGGACCACAUGGAGCGAUUUUGGUCAAACUCCAUCUUCAAGUACCUGCGAGUCGAGCCCGAAGACCACUACUUCCUUCUUACCGAGCCUCCUCUGAACCCCCCCGAAAACCGAGAAAACACUGCCGAGAUCUUCUUCGAGUCGUUCAACUGUGCCGGCAUGUACAUUGCGGUGCAGGCUGUUCUUGCUCUCGCGGCCUCGUGGACCUCUUCCAAGGUCUCGGAUCGCUCCUUGACCGGUACCGUUAUUGACUCUGGUGAUGGUGUCACCCACGUCAUCCCUGUCGCCGAAGGAUACGUUAUCGGAUCCUCCAUCAAGUCGAUCCCUGUUGCCGGACGAGACAUUACAUACUUUGUACAGUCUCUUCUGCGAGACCGUGGCGAGCCCGACUCCUCUCUGAAGACAGCCCAGGAGAUCAAGGAGGAGUACUGCUACGUCUGCCCCGAUAUUGUCAAGGAGUUUGCCCGCUACGACCGUGACCGCAGCCGCUUCGCCAAGCACGUCGUGACCCAGCCCGGUGGUCGCCAGGUCACCGUCGACGUCGGCUACGAGCGUUUCCUGGCUCCCGAGAUCUUCUUCAACCCCGAAAUCUACACAUCAGAUUUCCUGACUCCGCUGCCAACAGUUGUGGAUGGCGUCAUUCAGCAGUCCCCAAUUGAUGUUCGACGAGGCCUAUACAAGAACAUUGUGCUGUCCGGUGGAAGCACCCUCUACAAGGACUUUGGACGACGUUUACAGCGAGACAUUAAGCUGCUUGUGGAUGCCAGAAUCCAGGCCAGCGAGCAGCGCAGCGGCGGUGCCCGUAGCGGUGGAGUGGAUGUCCAGGUUAUCACUCACAAGAGACAGCGACAUGGACCCUGGUUCGGCGGCAGUCUGCUCGGCCAGACUCCCGAGUUCCGAUCCUACUGCCACACCAAGGCGGAGUACCAAGAAUACGGACCUAGCAUUGUGCGAAGAUUUGCUCUCCUCGGUGGCCCUGGCGGUUCAUAA